CGUUGAAUCAUUGUUGGUUAAAUUUCCAUAACUUUCGUUUUUGGGGCAUCAAAAAUAUUUCCUCCCUUAUCUAUCUAUUCCAAAGAGAGAUUUCUCACGACCAUUGUAAUAAUGCUCGUCUGCAGCUUAACUCCUCCAUAAAUUUCUUAAACUUUCACAAGGCUUUUAUUUCGAUGCAAAUUAAGCAGUAAAACUGAUCCAUCAUCAUGUUGCCAGGAAACAGCGAAGGAGGCAUUGGUCAACAGCGUGAUGGACUCUCAAUUCGCAACACUAUCCAAAGGAUGAUUCAAAUCUUUCUUCCGUUUGUCAUCAUGCACUACUUGGGCAAAAGGAGCUUCGAGGACGCAAAAGUGUACAGCCAGAGAAAAGAGAUUGAUCCCUCACAACUAGCCAUGCCGUCCGAGCUGGAGCAAGAGUGGAGCUUUCUUCUUGACGAGACUAAUUACGACGUCAUUGACGAUGGUCGCGUUCAUCCAGCUGGGAUUCCUUCCAUUUCCCCGGAAACCAUUGACGGACAUCAUAUGAAGCAAUCUCCCGAAGAAAGUCACCAGCAGCUGCAGCAAAGACUACAUGGAAACACCAUGACGACCAAAGUUCGACGAGUUGCGACCGCGGCCGACGUGGCCAAACUGCAGGUCAUUAAAUACGUGGAUGCGGAUGAUGACAGCAUCAGCAUCAGUGAUGCCAUGAAUGGGAGGGAUUCGAAGAAAUCGAAAUUGAUGACCAAAGAAAAAUCUGGGGAGCAGAAAAAGCUGCAAAAAAACCGCCGAGAAUCUGACGAGUCGAGAAUUGAUGACAAUGAAGAUGAUGAAAAACAAGGGGUUAAUUUUCCUUAAUUUUUAUGCAUCAUUUUAUCAAUUCAAGUGGAUAAAUGGCUGCGAGUGAUCCAGUCUGAUUUAUUUCCGUUUUUUUUAGAGCUGCCAUCACGUGAACGGAUAACUUUUACGAAAAGAUUAUGAAAACAUAUUUUUAAUUUAACGGCGGGUUUUCCAUAUUUUGAAGCCCUGAAACCAACUGGGUUCCACUUUCAUCAACAGCAGAGAAGAAUAAUUACAUCCAUUUUUUGUGGAAAUAUUCUUAAUGCAGGUGCUUUCGGUGACUUUUACUUGGAUUCUUUGUCACAUCGCGAAAUGUUCGUUUACCCCAUCGAUUUGAUUCGAAAAACAAGUUUCCAUCCUUAAAAGCUACUCUACUUAAUUUGUUUAUGCUGAUGGUUCUGAAAAAGUCACACAUUAGUCUGCUAAUAAAUCGACUACUGCUGACAAAAUAUCGUAGGAUUAAACCUAACUUUGAGGGCAAUUCGAUUUCAAGGAUUUUUUCCCCAUACCAGUUUUUUUUCUUUUCUUUAUUCUUCACCUCAUUCGAGGAGUUACACGGUUCCGCUCGGAUCAGCUUAUUGCUAAGCUGUUCUGGGGAAGCUUCAAAAUUCAACAACUGAACUUAUCAAGUCUGGUUUCAACACAUGUAUCAAAAGGGC